GCAUGCCUUGCGCGCGACCAAGAUGGCGGCGCCCAGCGGCAGCGCGGCCCGCCCGGCGCCCGGGUUCCCCUUCCCCCUGCCGGGUGCCGGGGAGGGGGCGGCGGAGGAAGGGCGGCCCCCCAAGAAGAAGAAGCCGCCUUGCCGGGCCUGCACGGACUUCAGGAGCUGGAUGCGCGACCAGAAGAAGCAGGCUGCGGCGGUAGGGAGCGGAAGAAAGGAGCCGCGCCCUGAUUGCCCACUAGACAGAGAGCUGGGGAGAAGUUCCUGGGCUUUUCUUCACACCAUGGCGGCGUAUUACCCUGACCGGCCUAGUAAAAGCCAGCAGCAAGAGAUGCUGCAGUUCAUCCACUUGUUUUCCAGGGUUUUCCCUUGUGAGGAGUGCGCAUCAGAUGUGAGAGAGAGAAUCCGGCGAAACGAGCCUGAUGCCACCAGCAGACGAAACUUGAGCCAGUGGUUUUGCCGGCUUCACAACGAAGUGAACCAGAAGCUGGGGAAACCCGCAUUCGACUGCUCCCUCGUAGACGAGCGCUGGCGAGACGGCUGGAAGGAUGGGUCAUGUGAUUAGGUCACCCUGCGGGAAGUGAAACAGAACUCCGUGUGAUUAAAAAACA